AUGGAAAAUGCAAAAGACCAAAACUCUAUGAAUGAAACGAAAAGAUGCACUAGGUGCAAUUGUACCAAACCAUUUUCUGAAUUUAUUGUAGGAGAAAAUGAAAUCCGGGCUCGUUGCAGAUCAUGUUGUACAGCACAAUCGAAAAAACGAAAAAGGCAAGAAAUAAAUGAUGAAAUAAUUAAUAAGGAAAAUGCAGUUGAUCUUGCAAAUGUUACGGACUACAUUUAUAAUAUACUCUUAGAGCAUAAAAAUCUUAAUGAAGACUUUGAAAGCCAAAUAAAAGUUCAACUUAACUUUAAUAUUAUAUUAGAUUCUAUUUAUGAGGAGGUUCCAGUUAAUGUUAUUGAAAAAGAUAAAAACUUGUACAUUGCUAGUUUGGUUAUUAAUGCAAUUAGUGGUGGUGACGGCUAUACAUAUGUACAUCAAUCAACAUAUGAAAGCAAAAAACAAGAUUUUGUAGUACUUACAUAUUGGUGCAAUGCCCGGAGUGAAUUAUGUAGAUUUCAUAAAAAAGUUGAUGACAUUUCAAAGCGUCGCAAAAUAAGAACUGCUUGCAAUCUUGAUAACAAUAAUAAUACAUGUUUAAUUAGUAAUCAGAUUACCAAUUCCGAAGAUAUUAUUGAACAAAAUUCUGAGGAUUUACAAAAUGAAAAUAUAGUUGAACAAAAUUCUGAAGAUUUACAAAAUGAAAAUAUAGUCGAACAAAAUUCUGAGGAUUUACAAAAUGAAAAUAUAGUUGAACAAAAGCAUACACGAUUAUAUCAAGCGCAAUGUAUCCUUAAUGAGUCAAAGACUUUUCACAAUCAUCAAAAUGAAAGUAUUCAAAAUGAUCAAAGUAUUUAUAAAAGUGAAAUUUUUUUCGAAACAGAUCUAAAUAAACUUAUUCAAAAUGAUCAAAGUAUUUGUAGCAACUGUGAACACGAUUAUGAAAAUGAUGCAAAUGAUCAAAGUGAUCAAGAACUGCCUCAAUAUGAUAAAGUUUCUCAACAAAUAUUUUGUAAAUAUUGUAAACAGCACAAAAAACAAAAUGUUUUUGGAAGUACAGAAUCUAUAAAUUUCGGUCACAAACUUUCUAUUAAAGAACAGGCAUUUUCAGAUCAAUAUAUUGAUGCAAUAAAACUUAAUACUGCUGAAGAAACAUUAGAUAAUGAAUCAGGAUAA